CACGCCGGUCGUUGAAUGGAGCGGGUGUGGAGACGUGUACAAGGUGCCGGGCGUCGCGGUGCCACAGCUCGCUGUGGUUGCCCUGUGCAGCCUUGUCAGCUGCACGUGGACCAACGCGCGAAACGAGGAGGCGGUCGAAAAUCUCGCGGUGGACCGCAAACGAUCGUGUGCGGUUGUCAAGUGCAGCCAUGUCCGGUACAUCCGGUACUGAUUAGGGUUCGUCGUACCCGACCCGCGGUUGGCAACUGUGACUGUCCACCGGAAUCGCAACCUUGUCCGCAUGUACCGCGUACAUCGGCUGUUCGACGUAUUCGAAGAUGCGACUGUCCAGAACGACCUUGUCGACACUCAGCAGGAAAUGGUGGUACGCGGCACCGACUGCCAGUUCAAUCCUCUUCACCCACUUUUUCUCAAGCGAGCCAGCCAAACCAACAGCAGCAACAGCAACAGCAGCAGCAGCCGUGCGAGUGCGCCGAAAGAAUAAACUGCACUCACACAGGCGGCGGCGAGUGCGAGUGCAGCGAGGAAGCAAAGCCAUGCUCGCACACGGUCAGGCAACGCCGGUCGCGUCGCACGUGCGAUUGCAGUGGAAGUGGCACGCAACCGUGCAGCCAUAAGCCACAGCACGAGGGACGGAUAAAGCGUGUUAAGUGCCGCGUGAGGCGCGCCGGUUGCGCCAUGGCCAGGUGUACCGCGGAACUCGCGAUGCUGCACCUGCAUUGGGGUCUCGCUACCGAAUGUGCGCCCUGCAGGCCGCGUGCACUCACGCGACGGCUCUGCAGGAGGCAGCAAAGCGACAACGAACUCUACAGAAGCAACAGUUUCAAGUUUGAGCGGUUCGAGAGGAGCAAGGACGAGUGCGCGACUCCGCUGCGGAAACAGGUCUCCCUGUGCGACGAUUACAGUCUACCAGUCGAUUUCGUGAAUAAGAGACGCCCUGCGAGCGCUGCGGGUGCAACAUCCACCGUUCAGUGGGCACUACCAAGUCCUACUAUCGAAAACGCGGAAGUCGAGGUUGUGGAACAAUACAGCGACCCCAGGGAUAGCAAGAACAAGGCGUACGUCGAGCCAGGAGCUGAGACGUCUCUGCCAACGAUCUACAGCAAAGUAAAUCGCAACUAUUGUCGACCUUAUACGGAUCCAUCUGCUUCAGGCUCUUCCUGCGAGGAUGACGAAGAUGGUCGCCGAGUGGAUAUCAGAAAACGCAAGAACAGUCUGUACGCGUCUUCCUCGACUCGUGCUCUGUCAGUAGACAGAGAAAAAGAGCUAAGCUCGGUCGACGGGGCUGUGGUGGACUGCGUAGCCCUGGUGCAUCUCACGGAUCAAUCACCCACCGAAUCUAAUCAGCCGGUCCGCCAUCCAUCACCCUAUUACUACGGCGAUUUGUUCAAGGUACCGGAUCAAAUAAGCAAGUCACAGCCGAACAGGUACAGAAAAAGCGUUAGUCUCGACGUACCGGGUGAACGUUCACGAACACCCGGUAUACCGAAGAGAAACUCGGUGGCGGGUGAUGGGGGUUCCUAUUCAUCUCAGCAACAACAACAACAGCAGCAGCAGCAGUCACAGCAGCAACAUUAUCAACAACAGCAGCUACAGCAACAACAUCCAUUGCAGCCACAACAGCAUUAUCAAAGUCAGGAUCUAGUGAGCCCCACGUCGGGGAGCGAGCAUGCUGUCCCAGCCAGAAACGAGAUCCUCUCGUCGUGCAUCAUCACCGAGUGGGAUCACACCCUCAUGCCUCCUCAUAGAUUGUUAAGCCACGACCUACCAACCACGGUUUGUACUUGCGUCGCAUCAGCUGAAGAAGAGGAGGAUGAGCUAGAUCAACGGCAGCCGCAACUAACGCGGCACCAAGUGCGCAAGCUACGUCGUACACGGAGGAUAGACCCGCAACCGAUACUCGUCGAGGACGAGGACGACGUGGAGGGAGAGGACGAGGGUGAGGAAGAGGAGGAGGAGGACGUGGAGGUGGAGGAAGACGAGGAAGAGAUGGCUAGGCAACGUCACCUCUACGAGACGGCCUUUGAUUGCAAGGUCAAUCGCUCUGACGAUGACCUCGAUGACCUCGAUCGGGUUACCAAUCAUCCUGUGUUGCAUUCACAGAUCAGAAGCAGCAGCGCGAUACCAGUAAGCAGAACGAGCUCAUCGACGGACACGUCGAAGCAACAACAACAGCAACAACAGCAAGUCCCAUACGCUGGUCAGUCCCACAGCAGCAAAGAUCGACGCAAAGUUGUACUUCUCCGCCCAAAACCGAUUCCGAGCCGUCUUCAGCAGCAGCAGCAGCAACAGCAACAGCAGCAAUCAGACAAUAUUUCUACUCUGUCCCAAGACAUCGAAUCCCUCCAGAUCAAUUCAAGCGACGAGAAAACCGGUUCACCGAGAUUACCGGCCCGAGGUUAUACUCCGUCACCUCCAUCCACGGCACCGUUGCCUGCCAAAUUCCAUGGCAACCGUGAUCACUUGUUGUUAAACAUACGCAGCACACCGAACCUACCCUGUCAACCUGACCAUCCACGUCUCAAGGAUCUAAGAUUGCCCGUAAAGUCUCUGUUGAGAGCGAAAGACUCGCCUCAAAGUAGCGAGGGUAGUAUUCUCGAGAUCAAAAGUAGACCGAAAAGUUUUGCUCAAGACAACGUAGAAUCGUCUCAGGGACGACGUUUCGACCAGGAACUGAUACUAGAGUUCAAGGGGAGGCCGCGAGAGGAGAGGCAACGACCACGCAGUUUGAUUCGCGAGAGCAAGCCGAUCAUGGAGUUCAAAGGUAGGCCUCACGAGGCCGAGAGUGAUCUAUUACGGCCUCGUAGGGAUGUCGGCUUGUUGGAAUUCAAAUUACGGACCAGUAGACGCAGGGCGGGAUACUCGAGCACGGAGAGUAUGGCUACCAGUAGCAGUGGAGGUAGCAUGGAAUCGCUUCGAAGUAGCACUAGCGAGGGUAACAGAUCCACUAGUAGUUCCGAGAGCCGCCAUAGUACCAGUCUAAGCUCCCACAGCUCCGACAGUGGCAGCACUAAUUGCUACCAUCAUCAUCAGCAACCUUCUAUGACCGGUUUUUUAACCCACCACGCGAACAAACUACACAUACUGUCUCCUAUCUCUGACAAAUCGUCCCAAGAACCUGCCUCCGAGACUUCCGACAACAACCGUAACAACAAUUCCCAGAAAGCCUCGCCUGAAGAGAACGUGACCACGGAGAAUAACGUAACCGCGUCGAAUAACACGAACACAAACACAGGAAAUACAAACACAAACUCCGUGACCUCACCGAUGGACACGUCUUUCAAGAAGAGACGCACACCGCAAAACAAGAAUCUGAUUAACUUGGCCCUGCAAUCCUCGUCGUCGGGCGAUGCGGAGAUCCAAGGAUCGGACAGUGGCAUCUCGAUCGAGUCGCGAGCCGGGAUCAAGUGCAAACCAUUCGGGUUCCACUUGUUGAAACCGCAGCUGGAUAACAUCAAUCUCGUGGACAACGAGCCUGAGCUAUCCGAUCUGCCUUUCGACAUGCCGAAACUGCGAAGGAGGCGAUUGCUUAUGCAACAGGACGCCACCACGUCUGGCAGCGCGACCAGCGUGGAUUUGAGGGACUUGCCGUUUGACAUGCCAAAACUGAGAAGAAGGCUAAGAUGCAUGCAGAGCACGGAAUCCAGCGGAUCACAGGCCUCCUCCAGUCUUUCUAUGCGCGACGUCGAGCCGUCUGCGUUGUUUGGCGGCGGUAUGGCGCGUCCGAAGAUGACACUGAAUCUGGAUGGUGGGAGUGGGUCGAACAGCGGUGGAAACGCUGGUCAGUCUGCACCGAAAAAACCUGGCGGUCUGAGCCUUGGAUUGCCAUUGGAGAUGAACACCGCCCGCGGAUCCGCCGAUCUGGUUGACGUGGAGCUUCCUUUGGAGAGACAAGGAUGGUACCAUGGAUCCAUUACGAGAAUUGAGGCAGAAGCUAUCCUACGACUUCUUAAAGAAGGAAGUUACUUGGUGAGGAACAGCGAAUCCACCAAACAAGAUUACUCUUUAUCGUUAAAGAGUGCCCGUGGUUUCAUGCAUAUGCGUAUCCAAAAGAACGAGGAGCUGAACGCGUACAUCCUGGGCCAGUUCAGUAAACCAUUCGACAGCAUACCGGAAAUGGUUCGUCAUUUUAGCGUGAACCGUCUUCCGAUACGCGGUGCCGAGCACAUGUGUCUUCUGCAUCCAGUCAUAGCUCAGCUUUUGUAGCGCAUCUAUCGUAGCGCCGUUUAAGGCGCUCCCCAACAAUUUUUGAUAUCCCUUUUACCUUCAAAGAAUACUCACAAAACCUGAACAGUACUCCGAAAGUUAUUUAUAAGAAAGGAUAGAGGAGCGAAUGAAAGAUGAACGUUGUAUAUGGAGAACGAUAUUCUACGGGAAAAUCUAGAGUCACGUAUAAUGGCACUUGGUACUUCCACUGAAGAUUUCCAUUCUAAUCCCGCGAUUCGCUUUUUCGCAAUUUGAGGCUGAUCAAUUUUUUCCGAGCUUCCGAGGUGAAUCGAGGGAGGAAAUGAAAUAAUAGCGACCGAUUGUUAUAGACGAAACCAUUCACGGG